AUGACGGAGGAGGUGCUGUACAAGAACACAGGCACGCUCAAGAUUGGAGACGUGCACCGGUUUGUGGUGACGUACACGCCGACGGACAUCAACAAGGAGAUUGGGACGCACCUGUACGUGAAGGUGAAGAACAUCGAGAACGUGUUGAUGAACUCGGUGCUAUUGACAGGCCCGUACAUUAUGUACUGCGACAUCCGGAGCGCGGCGUACGACCACAAUGUGCCGUGCUUUGUGUCGGACGACCAGCCUGCGUACGACCCGAACAUGAUCCCCGGACAGUCGCUGGUGCAGCGGCUCACGUUGAACAGGCUCCAGGCGAAGUACGUGUGGGUGGUGGACGUUGUUUCGCAGAUCAUCUUCAGCACGACCGCGAGCACAGGCUUCGAGAUCUUGCUGGCCCGGGACGAGCAGAGCUUGCACCGGAACUACUCGUGCCUCCGCAACUCCAACUACAGCCCCUCGACGCUCAACAUCCAGCACCUCACGACGGCCGACAUCUGGAACAGGCCGCCCCGCUCGAUCUGCGACCCGAUCCACUUGGUGAUCCUGGUGCACGGCUUGCACUCAAACUCGACGGCAGACAUGUUCUACAUGAAGGACCGCCUCGAGGGCAUGGCCGACAAGACGGGCGAGAACCUCGUCAUCCGGGCCUACUCGGGCAACGUCUGCAAGACCGAGCGGGGGAUCAAGUACCUCGGCCGCCGUCUGGCUGAGUACAUUGUCAAGGACUCGCUGGAGGGCCUCAACGGCAUGGUCGAGAAGAUCUCCUUCAUCAGCCACUCCUUGGGCGGCCCCGUGCAGACCUUCGCCAUCUCCUACAUCAACUUCAACUAUCCGGACUUUUUCGAGAGGAUCAAGCCGGAGAAUUUCAUCGCCAUGGCCUCGCCGAUGUUGGGCAUCUCCAACGAGAACCCAACUUAUGUCAAGGUCUUCUUGAAGUUCGGCAUUGUCGGCAAGACCGGCCAGGACUUGAACUUGGAUGGCGCACAGCCCAUGCUCUUGUUGUUGCCCUCGGAGCCGACGAGGAAGAUCUUGAAGGCCUUCAAGAGGAGAACCGUCUACGCCAACGUGUUGAACGACGGUAUCGUGCCCCUACGUACGAGCGCAUUACUAUACUUAGACUGGAAAGGCUUGACCAAGGUUUACGAAACGCUCAAAAACAACGCGAAGAAAAGUAGCAGCGGCAGCAGUAGUAGUACUGGCUAUGUUGCCGACAAAGCAGCAGAGAUCCCUGUUGACAUGAAUAAUGAUACCAUGGAUUCUACGGAUGGUGAUCGAACUUUCGUGGAUUCGAUAAAGAGCAGGAUCCAGUCCACCAUCGGCUUUUGUUUGCCAAGCAUCCAAGCCUCAAAAACAACUAAUAAGUAUAGCUAUUUCCAAACAACAGACAUGGAGGUCUCUGACAGCGAGGCCACCAACGAUAACACCAGCACGGGGAUGGAUUCUGCAAAUGAAGCCCUUCCUUCCAUCCCCAAGUCAUCUGCCCUUUCUUCAAUUAAGAGAGUGCUUCUCCCUCCGACACCCUCAAGUAAGUACAUCAAUGACCCGAAAAGCAGGUACGAUGUCAUUUUGCAUGAUAAGAUCUAUACGCCAGAUAUGAUACCCAAGCGCCAUACCACUUUGUCUAAGAAUGUAAUUCUAUCCCAACUGGAACAGAAGAAGAAACAUAGAUACUUGGAGGAAACCAUUGCACGAAGGUGGCAUCAAGGUAUGUCGUGGAGGAAAGUUUUAGUAUAUUUACAGCCUGAUGCCCACAACAACAUGGUAGUCAGGCGCCGGUUUGCGAAUGCCUACGGAUGGCAGGUGAUAGACCACAUGGUGGAAGAGCAUUUUUCCAAAAAAUGUUGCAUGGGGGAAGAUUUGUCCUCAUGGAAAAUUAAGAAAUCCGAUUGCAAUCUAAUCGACUUGGAUGAAGAAGAGUCAAGGGACCUGAACGUGAAACUUGGCCAGGUCAUGAAUAAAGAGUAUAGAAAAGAGUCCAAGCGACAUCACAUCAAUUCCCCAGACCUCUCUGUGCCUGAAAGGGUCAACAUUGAUUCUGACUCCAACACUUCUGAUCUCGAUAAUGAUUCAGCCAACAAUGGUGCCUGGCUCAAUGAGGAAGCCAGUGGCUACUACGAUGGGCCUACAGGUUUGCUCAACUCGGUAAAUGAAGGAGUCGCUGCUUGGAAAGAAAGC